CUUUUUUCGAAAAGAAGCAAACUUUCUUCUGAUUCUCUGUUCACUCUUUUCUUAAGAUCGUCUUUUUUCUCCACACUUCACUCUCUCUGUAUUCUCUGCUCUUCCCGUAAACCAUGGUGUCGGAAACGACGCGAUCGACUGUCAAAAUCACCAAUGUCCCUCAAACCAUAGUCGCCGACGAACUCCUCCGCUUCCUCGAGCUCCACCUCGGCGAAGACACCGUAUUCGCCCUCGAAAUCCCAACGUCUCGCGAAAAUUGGAAGCCACGAGACUUCGCGCGCGUGCAAUUCACUUCCCUCGAGGUCAAGUCUCGCGCCCAUCUUCUCUCUUCUCAGAGCAAGCUCCUCUUCAAGUCUCGUAACCUAAGAAUCUCAGAAGCCUACGACGACAUCAUCCCUCGCCCUGUCGAUCCCAGGAAGAUGCUAGACGGCGUCGUUUUGACUGUUGGGUUUCCCGAAGCCGACGAAGGAAGGUUUUGUGCCCUAGAAAAAUGGGAAGGCGUGAGGUGUUGGGUUAUAGAGGAGAAGAGGAGAGUGGAGUUUUGGGUUUGUGAUGGUGGAGAGUGUUACAAGCUCGAAGUUAGGUUUGAGGAUAUCGUUGAAACUGUUGGAUGCUGCUUCAAUGGCGCCUCUGAGAUUAAUGCAUUUUUUCUUAGGCUGAAAUAUGGACCAAAGAUAUAUAAAAAAGUAUCAGGACCUCAUAUAGCCACAAAGUUCAAAUCUGAUCGGUACCGUUUCUGCAAGGAGGAUUUUGAUUUUAUGUGGAUUCGCUCAACUGAUUUCUCCGGUUUAAAAUCAAUCGGUACAUCCAAUUGCUUUUGUUUAGAAGUCAACAACGGCUCAACGACGUUAGACAUUUUCUCAAGCUUCCCUUACUUCAGAGAAGACACUUUGAGUCUAACCUCUGUGGAUGGGAAGACCUUUGCCUCUGCAAAUCAAAUUGUUCCCCUCUUGAAUACCUUUGAUCUGGGUUUAGAGCCUCCAUAUGAGAUCCUUUUCCAACUCAACUCGCUGGUUCACGCGCAGAAAAUUACUCUUUUUGCCGCUUCAAAUAUGGAACUGAUCAACGUCCUUCGUGGUUUGAGCUUGGAAACCGCAUUGGUGAUUCUCAAGAAACUGCACCAGCAAAGCUCUAUGUGUUAUGAUCCUUUGUCAUUUGUCAAGGCUCAGUUGCAAUUCGUGGUUAAGAAGAUGGCUCAUUCCCCUGCAUCAGCCUAUAAAAGAUUGACCGAGCAGAACAUAAUGAGUUGUCAGAGAGCCUACGUCACACCCUCCAAGAUUUAUCUUUUGGGUCCAGAGCUUGAGACUGCCAACUACGUUGUCAAGAACUUUGCAGAGCAUGCCUCAGAUUUCAUGAGAGUUACUUUUGUGGAAGAAGAUUGGAGCAAGCUUCCAGCGAAUGCUCUUUCUGUGAACUCUAAAGAAGGCUAUUUUUUGAAACCCUUUAGGACCAAAAUUUAUCACAGGGUGUUGACAAUCCUUGGAGAAGGGAUCACCGUUGGGCCUAAAAGGUUUGAGUUCUUGGCUUUUUCAGCGAGCCAGCUGCGAGGAAACUCGGUCUGGAUGUUUGCUUCUAACGAAAAGGUAAAAGCGGAAAACGUAAGAGAAUGGAUGGGUUGUUUCCGUAAGAUCCGAAGCAUUUCCAAAUGUGCUGCUAGGAUGGGUCAGUUGUUCAGUGCUUCACGGCAGACACUUACUGUCCGUCCGCAAGAUGUGGAGCAGAUCCCUGACAUUGAAGUGACUACUGAUGGUGCUGAUUACUGCUUCUCGGAUGGCAUAGGGAAGAUUUCAUUGGCAUUUGCUAAGCAAGUUGCACAGAAGUGUGGACUGAGUCAUAUCCCUUCAGCAUUUCAAAUCCGAUUUGGUGGCUACAAAGGUGUGAUUGCCGUUGACCGCAGUUCCUUCAGGAAGUUGUCUCUGCGUGAUAGUAUGCUAAAGUUUGAGUCCAACAACAGGAUGCUUAACGUGACCAGGUGGACAGAAUCAAUGCCUUGCUUCUUGAACCGUGAAAUCAUCUGCCUUUUGUCGACGCUCGGAAUAGAAGAUGCAGUCUUUGAGGCGAUGCAAAGAGGGCAUCUAUCUAUGCUGGGGAAUAUGCUUGAAGACCGCGAUGCAGCACUUAACGUUCUGCAGAAACUGAGCGGGGAAGGUUCCAAGAAUCUGCUAGUUAAGAUGCUGCUACUAGGAUAUGCACCGAGUUCAGAGCCUUACCUCUUAAUGAUGCUCCGUGUACACCACGAGAGCCAGCUUUCUGAACUAAAAAGUAGGUGUAGGAUACUUGUACCGAAAGGACGGAUCUUGAUCGGUUGCAUGGAUGAGAUGGGUAUCUUGGAGUAUGGCCAAGUGUACGUUCGUGUGACCCUGACCAAAGCAGAACUGGAAUCCCGCGAACAGGGCUACUUCCACAAGAUUGAUGAGGAAACAUCUGUGGUGAUUGGGAAAGUAGUCGUGACGAAAAACCCAUGUCUUCACCCUGGAGACAUCAGAGUUCUUGAUGCAAUUUAUGAGAUCAGUUUUGAACAAAAGGGAUUUCUUGAUUGCAUCGUAUUUCCUCAGAAGGGAGAAAGGCCACAUCCAAAUGAAUGUUCUGGUGGUGAUCUUGAUGGAGACCAGUUUUUUGUUAGCUGGGAUGAGAAGCUUAUACCGAGCCAAAUGGACCCUCCAAUGGACUACGCUGGAAGCAGACCUCGCAUAAUGGAUCAUGAUGUCACCUUAGAGGAAAUCCACAAAUUCUUUGUUGAUUAUAUGAUAAGUGACACGCUUGGGGUGAUCUCAACUGCACAUUUGAUUCACGCAGACCGUGACCCUGAAAAAGCCCGGAGCCAGAAAUGUCUUGAGCUAGCAAAUCUUCACUCCAGGGCUGUUGAUUUUGCCAAAACCGGAGCUCCAGCUGAGAUGCCUUAUGCCUUAAAGCCCAGAGAGUUCCCUGAUUUCCUGGAACGAUUCGAGAAACCAAUGUACAUCUCUGAGUCUGUCUUUGGGAAACUUUACCGUGCUGUGAAAAGGUCUUUAGCACAGAGAAAGCCAGAAGAAGCUGAGAGCGAGGUCACGAUGGCUUAUGAUUCGACACUUGAGGAAGCUGGCUUUGAGAGCUUCAUAGAGACAGCGAAAGCUCACAGAGACAUGUAUGCUGAGAAAUUAAGCUCGUUGAUGAACUACUAUGGAGCUGCUAACGAAGAAGAGAUUCUCACGGGUAUUUUGAGAACCAAGGAGAUGUAUCUGCAGAGAGAUAACCGAAGGUAUGGUGAUAUGAAGGAUAGGAUUACGUUGUCUGUGAAGGAUUUGCAGAGAGAGGCCAUGGGAUGGUUCGACAAGAGCUGCAAGGAGGAGCAACAGCGGAAGAAGCUAGCAUCGGCUUGGUACUAUGUAACAUACAACCCAAGCCAUCGCGAUGAGAAGCCGAAGUUCUUGAGCUUUCCGUGGAUCGUAGGCGACGUUUUGCUUGGGAUAAAGGCUGAAAAUGCAGAGAGAGAGAGACAGGGUGAAUGAUGAUAGUGCAAAGAGCAACAAGUGGACUUGUAUUUAUUCGAUUAGUCUAUCAUUUGUAGGUGUAGUAUAAGAUUGGCUGAGUUAAAGACGAUAGAUCACUGAAUGAUCACUUAAUGAAGUUUAUAUGACCCUAGUUAUAUUAUAUGUGCUUGAGAAAUUUUACAGGAA